AUGACUGUGACUCCAAAGAUCAACGUGAGUGAUGGCAAGCUUUUAGUUCAUGGAAAGACACUUCUCACCGGAGUUCCAGACAAUAUAAUACUAACUCCAAGCUCCGGUGUUGGUCUUGUGGCUGGAGCUUUCAUUGGUGCUACUUCAAAUGAUACUAAAAGCCUCCAUGUCUUUCCCCUUGGCACACUUGAGGGAUUGAGAUUCAUGUGCUUGUUUAGGUUCAAGUUAUGGUGGAUGACACAGAGGAUGGGAACUUGUGGGAAAGAUGUUCCAUUAGAGACACAGUUUAUAUUGUUAGAAAGCAAGAAUAAUGAUCAAGAGAAUGGAAGUGGAGAAGAAGAUGAUGAUGAUGAUGAGACUGUUUAUACUGUGUUGCUUCCAUUGCUUGAAGGCCAGUUUAGGUCUGUUCUUCAAGGAAAUGAGCUUAACCAGAUUGAGAUUUGCUUGGAGAGUGGUGAUAAGGAAGUGGAAACAAACCAAGGGAUGCAUAUGGUUUACAUGCAUGCAGGAACAAAUCCAUUUGAAGUUAUAAACCAAGCAGUCAAAGCUGUUGAGAAGCACAUGCAAACUUUCCAUCAUAGAGAGAAGAAAAAGCUGCCCUCUUUCCUUGACUGGUUUGGAUGGUGUACUUGGGAUGCUUUCUAUACAGAGGUCACUGCUGAGGGAGUUGAUCAAGGACUCAAAAGUUUAUCAGAAGGUGGUGCUCCUCCAAGAUUCCUGAUCAUAGAUGAUGGAUGGCAACAAAUAGGAAGUGAAGUGAAGGAUCAAAAGGAUGUUGUUGUUCAAGAAGGAGCUCAAUUUGCAAGUAGAUUGACAGGGAUCAAAGAGAACUCCAAGUUUCAGAAAAAGAAUGCAGACAAUGACCGAAUUCCUGGCCUCAAGAUCGUGGUCGAUGAGUCGAAGAAACACCAUAACGUCAAAUAUAUAUAUGUUUGGCACGCAUUAACUGGAUACUGGGGUGGAGUAACACCGGCAGGGCCAGGAAUGGAACACUACGAGAGCGCAUUGGCAUACCCGGUGCAAUCCCCGGGAGUGCUCGGAAACCAACCGGACAUUGUCAUGGACAGCCUUGCAGUACACGGUCUCGGUCUCGUGCACCCGAAAAAAAUCUAUAACUUCUUCAAUGAGCUCCACUCUUACCUCGCCUCUUGCGGUGUGGACGGAGUAAAAGUCGAUGUCCAAAACAUAAUUGAAACUCUCGGUGCCGGCCAUGGAGGCAGAGUGUCUCUUACAAGAGCAUAUCAUCAAGCUCUCGAAGCCUCGGUUUCACGCAAUUUCCCUGACAAUGGUUGUAUUUCAUGUAUGUGUCACAACACUGAUGGACUCUACAGCGCUAAGCAAACGGCGAUUGUUCGAGCUUCAGACGACUUCUAUCCGAGAGACCCAGCUUCUCAUACUAUUCAUAUAUCCUCUGUUGCUUAUAACACUCUGUUUCUUGGAGAAUUCAUGCAGCCAGAUUGGGAUAUGUUUCAUAGUCUUCACCCUGCUGCAGAAUAUCAUGGUGCUGCCAGAGCCAUUGGUGGGUGCCCAAUCUAUGUCAGUGACAAACCCGGACAACAUAACAUUGAGUUACUAAAAAAACUAGUACUCCCCGAUGGUUCUGUUCUCCGGGCACAACUUCCCGGCCGGCCGACCCGCGAUAGUCUCUUCAAUGACCCUGCUCGAGACGGAACCAGUCUUCUGAAGAUUUGGAAUGUGAACAAAUGCUCUGGAGUUGUCGGAGUGUUUAAUUGCCAAGGUGCCGGCUGGUGCAAGGUUGCUAAGAAGACACGGAUCCACGACACCGCACCAGGCACUCUCACCGGCACCAUCUGCGCGCAAGAUGUCGAUGCUCUCGCACAGGUUGCCAGUGAAAACUGGAAUGGUGAAGUAGUGGUGUACUCUUUCAAUUCUAAAGAUUUGAUUCGACUUCCAAAGGGUGUCACUAUUCCAGUGACACUCAAAGUUCUCGAGUUCGAUCUUUUCCAUGUCAUACCAAUUGAGGAAAUUGUGUCAAACAUAUCAUUUGCUCCGAUCGGAUUGCUCGACAUGUUCAAUGCAGGUGGAGCUGUUGAAGAGUUCAGUGCCGAGACCGUAUCUGAUGAAUCUCUAGUGGGCGGGGACCGUGCACCAGUAGCAAACAUCGUCGUAAAGUUCGGGGGAUGUGGGAGAUUUGGAGCAUACUUGUCGAUGAGACCGAUGAAAUGUAGGUUGGAUUCAAGUGAAGUAGAGUUUAGUCAUGACGCUGCCACCGGACUUUUAACAUUGGAGUUGCCGGUGCCGGAGAAGGAGAUGUACCAGUGGACUGUGGAGAUUCUAGUUUAAAAGAGCAUGAGGAGGAGUGAUUGCAUUGAUGUUUCAUUAGAGAUGUUAUAUGAUCAUCUACUAGUCAUCUUGGGGAUGAUAUAUAUAUAUAUAUAUAUAAAGAGGGAGGAAAAGAGAGGGAAUGGUUUAACUGUUUCCUUUCUUUGGUAGUUAUGGUAGUUAUGGAGCUCCCCUUGUAAUGCAAUAAGAUCAUCAUAUCUUAAUGAAUAAAUUUCUCCACUUUUCAAUGCUUAA